AUGACGACCGUCAUUGCGCCCUCCACGGGCAUUGCCUCCUUCUACCAAACCAAGAUCGCCUCUGCCUCCUUGGCGAUCAACGAGCGCACGCAGAACCUGCGCCGCCUCGAGGCGCAGCGCAACUCGCUCAAUGCGCGCGUGCGCCUGCUGCGCGAGGAGCUGCAGCUGCUGCAGGAGCCGGGCAGCUAUGUGGGCGAGGUGGUCAAGGUCAUGGGAAAGAAGAAGGUGCUCGUCAAGGUGCAGCCAGAGGGGAAAUACGUCGUGGACAUCGCACCCGACAUCGACAUGGCCAGCGUGACGCCCUCUCUGCGCGUCGCGCUGCGGUCGGACUCAUACACGCUGCACAAGGUCUUGCCGAACAAGAUCGACCCCUUGGUGUCUCUCAUGAUGGUCGAGAAGGUGCCCGACAGCACGUACGAGAUGGUCGGCGGACUGGACCGGCAGAUCAAGGAGAUCAAGGAGGUCAUCGAGCUGCCGGUCAAGCAUCCCGAGCUGUUCGAGGCACUCGGCAUCGCGCAGCCAAAGGGCGUACUGCUGUAUGGCCCGCCAGGCACGGGCAAGACGCUCCUGGCUCGUGCGGUGGCGCACCACACCGACUGCCGCUUCAUCCGUGUCUCGGGCUCGGAGCUUGUGCAGAAAUACAUCGGCGAGGGCUCUCGCAUGGUGCGCGAGCUGUUCGUCAUGGCGCGCGAGCACGCGCCGUCGAUCAUCUUCAUGGAUGAGAUUGACUCGAUUGGCUCUUCUCGCGGCGAGGGCGGCUCGGGCGGCGGAGACUCCGAGGUGCAGCGCACCAUGCUCGAGCUGCUGAACCAGCUCGAUGGCUUCGAGGGCACGCAGAUGAUCAAGGUCAUCAUGGCGACAAAUCGCAUCGACAUUCUCGACUCGGCACUGCUGCGCCCAGGGCGCAUCGACCGUAAGAUCGAGUUCCCUCCGCCGGGACCCGAGGCUCGAGUUUCCAUUCUGCGCAUCCACUCUCGCAAGAUGAGUCUGCAGCGCGGCAUCAACCUGCGUGCGCUGGCCGAGAAGAUGGGCCAGUGUUCGGGCGCCGAGGUGCGCGGCAUCUGCACCGAGGCGGGCAUGUAUGCGCUGCGCGAGAGAAGGCAGCACGUGGGCCAGGAAGACUUUGAGCUGGCGAUUGCAAAGGUGCUGCGCAAGCAGGGCGACUCGAGCACCAGCUCCAGCAAGCUCUUCACCUAA